GGAAAAACAUCGAGGACAUGAAAGAAAGGAUGCUCACUCAUCUGAGCUCUCAAAAUGAGCCUUAUCCUGAUUCCUUUGUUCUGCUUUUACCGGUAUUUCAUCUGCAACACCCUGACGCGAAUAAAUGAGGAUGCAUUGGCAGUAAAUAUUGUCGACAAAGUCGACAACAACACUAAAGAUGAGAUUCGAGGUAUGGAGGCGCCUGAUAUUUCAUGCAAAGGGUUAAAAACGUUGGAUGAAACGAUAACAUGCGCAGAAGCUGCUUCGAAGACAUCUCUUAACAAAGCCAGAUGGAAGGCCGAUCAGGCUCUUUCUAUUCUAUCUGAGGCAAAAAUUGAAGAUGAACGCAAAAGAAACCUACUGCUGGAUGAAUUUUCCAAAGCUAAAGAUUUUUUGAGGCAACUGAAUGUGAAACGCUCACUGCCUUUGCUGCAAGUGAAUAUAACCACAAUUUUAGAGGAGAUGACGCAACAUAUCGGCCAACUCAGUCAGAAGGAAUACUAUAUUCUUGUUGCAGGCGAGGCAAGUGCUGGAAAAAGCAGCCUGAUAAAUCUCAUUCUGGGAGAGAGGCUUCUUCCAUCUUCCUCACUGAGCACAACUUCCACGUUGUGUGAAUUGAAGUACGGCGAGGAAAGAAAAAUUGUGGCGCACUUCAAAGACACAGAUUCGAAAACAGGAUUAACAUCGACCAUGUUUCUUGAGAAUCCAACAGAAUCUUCAGGGAAAAGCUAUCUCCAGCAGAUCUCACCUUUUGUCCAGGUGAAAGGUGCAGAUCGUGGGAAAGGUUCAAUUUACAAAAGGGUUGAAAUCUUCUGGCCUCAUCAAUUGUUGAAGAAAGGUGUCACUAUCAUUGAUAGUCCUGGGGUUGGAGAAUCGGAAGUCAUGGAUAAAGUAGUGACAGAGUAUCUUCCUCAAGCCUUUGGAUUUAUUUAUGUCAUUAACAGCACAAACGCUGGAGGGGUUCAGAAACACAGGGUAAGUAGCUGA